AUUGCACUCAUCACUGCAGCAGUCACACUGUGUAACAUUAAUGUAUUCAAGUAACCCUAAAAUCUCGCGGUGCUACCAUUCAGACAUCUUGCAUUUCACUAAAUCUGGUCUUGGAGAACAUUUUCAUUAAAAAAACUGCACACUAUAUAUAUGCCGCACAGAAACAGGCUGUCUUAGUCGUUAGAGCGAGGAUUAGUUUUUUUCCGGAUGUGAGGCUGUGAGACCGAGCCUCGAGUGCCAAUCCCGCGGAGUUUAGACGGUCUCUCACGGGGGCUCUCUAGCCGUAUUGUGCGUCAUCUCCAUCGCUCGCUGCCGUUUUGUUAUUUUUCUCCGUUGAGGAAACAUGGCAACUCCCGCCGCUGUCAACCCGUCCGAGAUGGGCAGUGAGUUGCCAGGGACAGUAGCCAUGCCUGGGGCUGUUGGAGCCAGUCAGGUGAGGAUGGGUGGAGCUGUGCCAGGCCGUGGGGGCAAGAGAAGAUCAGGAGGAAUGGAGUUUGACGACGAAGACGGAGAGGGACCUAGCAAAUUUUCAAGAGAGAACCACAGUGAGAUUGAGCGACGCCGGCGCAACAAAAUGACCCAGUACAUCACCGAGCUGUCGGACAUGGUCCCUACCUGCAGCGCGCUGGCCCGGAAACCGGAUAAACUCACCAUCCUGCGCAUGGCUGUCUCCCAUAUGAAAUCCAUGAGGGGCACCGGCAACACGUCCACGGAUGGCGCCUACAAGCCCUCCUUUCUCACUGAACAGGAACUGAAACAUCUGAUCCUGGAGGCGGCGGACGGCUUCCUGUUUGUGGUUGCUGCGGAGACGGGACGGGUGAUCUACGUGUCGGACUCGGUGACGCCGGUUCUGAACCAUCCCCAGUCGGAGUGGUUUGGCAGCACUCUAUACGAACAGGUCCACCCCGACGAUGUGGACAAGCUGAGGGAACAGCUCAGUACUUCAGAAAACUCCAUGACAGGGCGGAUUCUGGACCUGAAGACAGGAACAGUGAAGAAAGAGGGACAGCAGUCCUCCAUGAGGAUGUGCAUGGGCUCCCGGCGCUCCUUCAUCUGCCGCAUGAGAUGCGGAAGUGCUCCCCUGGAUCACAUCUCCCUUAACCGUCUAUCUAACAUGAGGAAGAGAUACAGGAAUGGCCUUGGACCCUCAAAAGAGGGAGAUGCUCAGUACUCUGUGGUGCAUUGCACUGGCUACAUCAAAGCAUGGCCUCCUGCAGGUAUGACUAUACCAGAAGAAGACACAGAGGCAGGUCAGACUGGAAAAUACUGUCUGGUGGCCAUCGGAAGACUGCAGGUGACCAGCUCUCCAGUCUCUAUGGACAUGAAUGGCCUGUCCGUACCUACAGAGUUUCUGUCACGUCACAACUCGGAUGGUGUCAUCACUUUCGUCGACCCGCGCUGCAUCAACGUCAUUGGUUACCAGCCUCAGGAUUUGCUGGGGAAAGAUAUCCUGGAGUUCUGCCAUCCCGAGGACCAGAGUCACCUGAGGGAAAGUUUCCAACAGGUGGUGAAGUUGAAGGGUCAGGUUCUGUCUGUGAUGUACCGUUUCCGCAUGAAGAACAGGGAAUGGAUGCUGAUCCGAACCAGCAGCUUCACCUUCCAGAACCCAUACUCUGAUGAGAUAGAGUACAUCAUCUGCACCAACACCAACGUCAAGCAGCUACAGCAGCAGCAGCAGGCAGAGCUAGAAGUUCACCAGAGGGAUGGACUGACUGCCUACGAUCUUUCCCAGGUGCCUGUGGCUAGCGUCAGCAGUGGAGUCCAUGAGGCUGGGAAGAACAUCGACAAGACAGAAAUCCUGUUCUCCCAGGAGAGAGACCCACGCUUUGCUGAGAUGUACACUGGCAUCUCUGGCUCGGGAGAUAAGAAGAUGAUGGUUCCCUCCUCUACAGCUGGAGGACAACAGCUCUACUCCCAGAGUUCUCCUUUCCAGCAGGGACACUCCGGCAAAAGCUUCAGUUCCUCUGUGAUCCAUGUCCCCGGUGUGAACGACAUCCAGCCAUCAGGGUCAUCCAAUCAGAAUCUAGCUCAGAUCUCCAGACAGCUCAAUCCCGGCCAGGUGGCAUGGUCAGGCAACCGACCCCCCUUCUCUGGACAGCCCAGUAAAGCCCAGUCCAGUCCCUUUGGUAUUGGUUCUGGACACAGCUACCAGACGGACCCGGCCUCCUACAGUCCCCUGUCAUCCCCGGCCACUUCCUCCCCCAGCGGCAACGCCUACUCAGGACUGACAAACCGCAGCACAGCUUUUGAUGUGUCGGGGGAGAGCAGUCAGAGUGGAGCCCAGUUCCAGGGGCGUCCCAGUGAGGUCUGGUCCCAGUGGCAGAACCAGCAUCACUCACAGCAGGCCGGUGAACAGCACACACACCCCAACCCCAGCCAGACAGAAGUCUUCCAGGACAUGUUACCGAUGGCUGGCGAUCCCACCCAGGGAACAGCCAACUACAACAUUGAGGACUUUGCUGACCUCGGCAUGUUCCCACCCUUCUCUGAGUAAAGAAAAAAACCUUUUCUCCAUGACUCUCUCUCUCAGAACUGGACUGACGUUUGCAUUCAUCUGUCAUGUUGUUUCAUUUUUCUAAUAUUGCUGGAUCGCCAACACACAGCGGAAUGUCUGUCCAAACGUGUCAUAAACAACACACAGUUCACUUACCGGUUUGGCUCCGCGGCCUGCAGUAUUUAUCUGUGAACUUAAACAUACCUCAUCUUUGUAAAGAGGAACCUUGCUGACAGAUGGAAGGCACACCAUUCAACCAGUAUCAGCUCUCUGACUGUCAUCACAAUGUUACACACAUUGUCUCAAGCUCUUAGAUCAAAUGAGUCAGUCUGGGACAUUCAGGUUGCUGAAACUGUUCCCUGCAUUCAGCGCCAGCAUGACCAGAGGAGGGCAGCCAGGUGAUUCUAGCUCUUUUGACUCUGAUGAAACACUAGUCCUCUAACAAAGUUUGUUGCCUCAUGGUUGUGUGCUCCAGAAUAGUUUGGACUAAGUCUCUGAAGUCUGUCCUGACCAGAUUGCCGUUCUCUGAGAGCACCGGACAGGUCUGCAAUUCCCUGUGUGUUAAACCUCUUCCUUCAUGUGAUUAUAGCUGUAUUUGUCAGAGACUAGUAUCAGUAUUAUUAUCCAAGAUUUACACUUUCUCUCUUUAAAAAGUUUCACAUGGUAGAGUUAUGGUGAUAUGGAAAAAAUCAGAUAUCA